UAUUAAAUUAAAAAUAUUAUUGUUAAAAUUUAUUUGCAGUUUUUAUUUAAAGUCGUAUCCAUUGUUGGGGGCAUUUUCAUUGUUGGGGGUCAGUCGUAUUCAUAUUAAAGGAGAGAAAGAAGAUUAUAAACAAGGACCUCCAGGAUUGCCAGGAAAAUUAAUUGAAAAGGAUAUCCCAAACAGCAUUGGAAUUAUUAGCUGUAACACCUGAUUGUGCUAUUGGUUCUUUAGUUUUUCCUCUUAUUAAAGUACAUAGUGGUUGAAACAAAUUAUUGUAAGUUAUAUUGAAAGUUUAUUUUCUGAUUUUUUAUGUCAAUACUUAGAAGAAUUUAUUUGGUUAAUUCUGAUUUUAUUCCUUUUAACUUAUUCCGAGCUAUACUUUUUACAAAAAUUUAUUUUCUGAUUUUAUUUUCUGUGUGUUUUCUUUUAAAUAUUUUCUGA